AAGUUGAGUUUUCAAUUGAUUUUAUGACGGCAACAAGAGAACAUCACGCAAGUGAUAAGAGUACAGCGCAAUUUUAACUAAAAGAAAAGAAAUAAAAACCAAAUUCACAAAAAAAUGUUAUAAUUUUAUAAAAAUUAACAAAAAAAGCGUGAAAGUUAAAGCGCUGAUAUAUACAAAUUAAAAAAAAGAAAGAAAUAUAUUUAUUAAAAAUAAAUUAAUGUUUAUUCAAUUAAAGUGUACGUGUGUGUGUGUUAGUAAGCGUUUCUUUUGAAAGAUCUCAUGUGUGUGUGAGGAUAAAAAAACGACGACAACAACAAAAAGCAACACAAAAAAAAAAUUUGCCAGCCAUAGAUUUUGUUGAGCAAAACGGGAAUUAAAUCUUAAAACAAAAUAUUAAAACGUGUUUUUGUUUAAAACAAACUCCCAGUUUCUUUGCAAAUCCAGUGCAUUUUUGUGUUUUCCUAAGUGUGUGUGUGUGUGUUUUAAACUAUUUCAACUAAAUAACAAUGGCGGCUACACAAACAGCUUUUCAAAUUGCUCAAGAUUCGGAAAAAGAAAAUCCUCGCAACAUGCCUUUCAAGGAGAAAACCAUGGCUGGCGGUAAAUCGCAUAUAUUGCAGCCACUGGGUGCUACUUUAGGUGGCGGUGUUGGCGUCUCUACCAAACAAGGACGCGCCAAUUUUGCCGUACUUAAUUCAAAUGCCAAUGCUCGUGUUCAUUUAGCAGCCGGUGCCAACAACCAUCACAACAAUAAUAAAGUGGCUUUUCGUGAUGUUGGCAAUGUUAAGGGCAACACUAACAACAACAUCAACAAUAAAGAUGAUACAACAACAUUGGCGGCAAAAAAAUCAACAAUUGUACCAGUGGAACAAUUUAAAACAUUUUCAGUUUAUGAAGAUUACAAUGAAGUGGUGGCAGUGGAAGAGGUAGAACAGCAGCAUCAGCAUCAUCAACAACAGAAACAACAAAAUGAAAUAACUGCAGCUACAGCAACUAGUCUUGAUGUUGUUGAUAAAGAAAAUGUUUAUCAUGAAAAACAACAACAACAGCAUCGUUUCCAACAGCAGCAUAUUUUAACCGAUAGAAGUGAAAUCCAUAAAUAUGAAGAAAAUGAAUAUAUAUUGGAUACUACGCCCAUGUCGGUAUCCGAUGUCUUAUCACCCAUGUCUGUGGAUCGUUCUGCCUCGGCCUCACAUUUAUUCGACGAUAGCAAUUCUAAAGAAAUUGCUGAACAAUCCGAUGAUAAAGAACCCUUGCCACGUAAUGAUCGUCAACGUUUCUUUGAAGUUGUGGAAUAUCAACGUUCUAUUUUGGAAUAUUUCCGUGAAAGUGAGAAAAAACAUCGUCCCAAGCCACACUAUAUGCGCCGUCAAACUGAUAUCAAUUACUCAAUGCGCACCAUACUUGUCGAUUGGCUAGUGGAGGUAUCUGAAGAAUAUAAUUUGGAUACUGAAACUUUAUAUCUAUCAGUAUCGUAUAUUGAUCGUUUCCUUAGUCAUAUGUCGGUGGUACGCAAUAAAUUACAAUUGGUUGGAACGGCUGCCAUGUAUAUUGCAUCAAAAUACGAAGAAAUCUAUCCACCAGAUGUAGCUGAAUUUGUUUUCAUUACCGAUGACACCUAUAACAAAGCUCAAGUUUUACGCAUGGAACAGAUUAUUUUGAAAAUUUUAGCUUUUGACUUGUGCACUCCCACAGCCUAUGUUUUCAUUAAUACCUAUUCCGUGUUAACUGAUAUACCCGAUAAAGUCAAGUUUUUGACUUUGUACAUUGCUGAAUUGUCUUUGUUGGAAGCUGAUCCGUAUUUGCGUUUUCAUCCUUCAAUGAUUUCGGCUGCUUCUUUGGCUUUGGCUCGCUAUUUAUGUAAUUUACCCAUGUGGUCUGCUGAAUUGGAAGAAAUCACCACCUACCGUUUGGAAGAUUUAAAAGAGGUCAUUUUGUGUUUGUGUAAAACUCAUAAUGCUGCUGUGGAUUUGCCUCAACAGGCUAUACAGGAGAAAUAUAAGGCAGAAAAAUAUCGCCAUGUUUCAACUAUAACACCACAAAAAAUCUCCGAAGAACAAUUUGAUGAAAUUGUAAAAUUAUACAAUGAAUUGUCUGAAAAAAGUAAAGAACAAGCAGCAUCGGGGACCAACACAACAACGUCGUCUUCGUCAAAAGUCAAUUUGUUUUUUAAGUUCUAAGUUAAUUUAAAUUUUAUAUUUUUUUGUUUUAUGUAUUUUUUUCGUUUUUUUAUUAUUAUUAAAAUUAAAUUUAAGAAAUGGAACAUAAUAAGAAAUUUAAGAUUUUUAGCUAUAAUUUAAACUAAAUACACUUAUAUAAAUAAUUGAUAAUGAUAAAUAUUUCAAUUAUAAUAUUCAUUAAAUUUUAAACAAAAGCAAAACAACAACAAAAACAUAUGUAGACCAUUUAAUUAUGAGCACAAGUUAAAUAAUUAACUUUGUCUCUUUUUUUUAAAUGUAAUUUUAAAAUAUUUAUUAAAAAUUAAUAAUAAUGAAGAACA